UGUAAGUCCAGCUUAAGCCGAAAAAAUAGUUGGAAGUUAGUAAAGGAGAAAUUAAUCUUCUUACUUUUUUUUUAAUUGCUCUAUUUUCCACAUUGUCAAAAGUGUACUGGAAAGCCCUCGAGGAGAAUUGAAAAAUAAUUAAAUAUUUUUAAGUCUCACUUUUGUUUUGGAGGAAUCGGUUUUAUUGAUUUUGAUUUCUGAAAAAAAGGAGAAGCAAAAAAUUCCUUUCUGAAGCCCCAGGGGUUCGAAAUAAAUUGAACCAAUUGGAAAGAGCCGUUACAACCCUUCUCCUUGAAGCAACAGCAGGAGGAAGUGGGAGGCAUGAAGGGAAUUCAUGAAAGAAUACACAAAGGAUAGGGGUGAAUCAGGGGCGAAUGGGGAGGUCGGAGUUGAUCGAAAUCCGCUGGCAUUCAACCGAAGACUUCAUUCUCCUAAAAAAAAAUUCAGUCCCCUCCCCCUCAUUUAUCCCUCGUUUACACAGGCUCACUUCCCCAUUUUUCCAAGCCUCUAUCCUCUUGAAUGCGAUUAUCGUCGACGGAGUACAAGAGUCUAUUUAAUUCCCAACGUCAAUGGACACAUUGGAGCUUUUUUAUUCAAAUUUGAAUACAAAACUCAUUUCUCAUUCAAAUUCAGGGACGAAGCGGUGAAACAAUUCCAAUUGACUUAUCUCUGCACUGAAUUUUUGUGAUAACCUUUUCAUCUCACGAAAAAUAUUAUAAUGAAAAAAAUCCCAUCAAUUCCGCACUCAGUUUAUAAUUCAAAUAUUUUAUUCUAAAGUGGAAAUGGUUUGAGGACGGACAUAAAAGCUCCAAAGCAAUCUAAUGAUGGUGUCGUAGGUCUGAAAAAUUAUGAAGCAAAAAAACUUUCAGUGAAAUAAAAAAAACAUUUUAGUGAAAAAAUUCCCAGUCGUGAAAUUAAUUCAAUGGAUUCAUGAAUAUUUCAUAUGGGGAAAAAAAUGGAUGAAAACCCUUCGAUAAUUUACGUCGAGUUCGAUUGUCGUCCGACGAAUUGUUUUUCGAUUAGGAGCAAGGUUGAGGUCACGUCGAGAAACAAGCCUAAUCCUCUCGCAUCGUCCGACGUCAAGACCCUUUUGGAGGAUCGAUUGGCAAGUGGUGGGGAGCCUCUGUAUGACACUGCACCGACCCGGUGGAAUUUUACGCCACAUUUGGUAUACCUCGGGGAGGUCUGCAGGUACAUGAAUUCGAUAAUUAGAAUGGAGAUAUAAUUGCAUCAGCUGGCGAGUGAAUUUUCAAUUGAGCCUAGUUCGCCGCAGAAUUACAAUCUGCCAGGAUGUUCAAGGUUCUGGUGGCCCUAGCACGAUGGGGUCGGCGUUGUCGGAAAUGAAAGUCGAAUUCAAAUGUAAGGAUAAUAGUUCAUUAUGCGGGUGAUAAUCUUUUUGAAUAUUCAACGUGUACGGAACUGACUAAUGGGGCUGAUAGUUUUUAACAUGGGGCGAAAAAUUUAUUCGCAUUAAAUUGAAAAAUAGUGCUUCCAUCGUUUCUGCUAGAUUUCUACCCUUUGAAUGUGUCGAUAGUUUCUCAUUUAUUUUUAAAUAAAUUUAUAAAAAUUCAAAAUGAGUUUGGCCGAUAGCUCAUUCAAAAAUUGAUAUUUUUUAAUAGUUUCACUUCUUAUCGAUAGAGCAACACUUGUAGUUCAAUAAUUCGUCUAAUUAUUAGUUAGUGGUCAAUGUGAUACACAGAGGUCACUACCGACAAAUACCCUGUCGGUGUGAGGGUUCCACCGGUGGCACACAGAGGUCGCUACUUACAGCUAGUCGGAGUUACCAACGAGACAUCUGUCACACACACGAACAUAACCUCAAAGUUAGCUGACAGAUCGAGUUAUCAAACAGAAUAAAAUAGAUACGUGCAACAAUGACAAUUGUCUUUUGUAAUUAAGAUAGUAAUAUAACCUGUUAAGUAAAUAAAAAUGUCCUCUGCCCAUUUAUCGAGUGGUAGACUGAACAUAGGACUUCUUCAGGAACAGACGAGGAAACAAUUAGUGAAUUUAAUCGAGAGAUGCGAUGGACCGAAGGCCAUCGUCUGGGAUCGAUCCCUGGACGGCCCAAUGGGCCUCAUUGCUAGGUACAGCCUCCUGGAGGAGUACGGGGUUGUCAAGAUGUAUCAAUUAGUCGGUGGACAACUCCCUCCCACCAAUGUCUCCAGCAUUAUAUUCAUCGUUCGUCCCCAUCUCGAUUUAAUUGAUUUGAUAGCCGAAAAUGUUCAUGGGGAGCAAAACAGAUCCCCAAAAGAGUUCCACAUAUUCUUCGUUCCUCGCAAAAGCCUGCUCUGCGAGAAGAAGCUUCAAAAUCGUGGAGUCUUCGGUAGUUUCACUCUCAUCGAGGAAUUUCCCUGUGACCUCUUCCCCUUCGACAGCGAUCUAGUCUCAAUGGAACUGAGUCAGACCUACAAGGAGUAUUUCCUGGAGAACGAUCCAACGUGUCUGUACCAAGUGGCUCAGGCAAUCAGACGUCUCCAGAGGCUCUACGGUAGGAUUCCAAGGGUGACAGGACGUGGUCCAGCUGCCAGUAAAGUCUGGGAUCUUUUGAAACGACUGGAUCGAGAGGAGGAGGAUUUGAAACUCGAUCGAUGUGUCAUGACAACGCCUCCAAUAGAGCAUCUACUGCUGGUUGACCGAAGCAUCGAUCUCCUCUCACCUUUGGUCACUCAGUUGACGUACGAAGGCCUCAUCGACGAGAUCUUUGGCAUUCAGAAUACAACGGUUCAGUUGCCAGCUGGAAAAUUCAAGGACAACGACGACUCACCCACUGUUAUGUCGGUAGAUAAGAAGGAGAAGAUUGUUCUCAACUCGGGUGAAGAAUUAUUCGCUGAAAUCAGGGACAAGAAUUUCAAUGGAGUUGGGCCUGUCCUCAGUCAGAAAGCGAAGGUCAUUUCUUCGCAGUUCGAUGAGAGACAUGGGGACAAGAGUGUUCAGGAGAUCAAGCAGUUUGUGGCCAGGCUACCGCACAUGCUGGCGACCAAGCAGUCUCUUGCUAGACACACCACUAUUGCUGAGAUGGUGAAGGAGGUGACAGACUCUAAUGACUUCUUGGAGUGUCUACAGAUUGAGCAAGAGCUUCUGAACUGUAUAGACACGGACAAGCCAAACGCUUUCAUUGAGGAUUGCAUUGCCCAGCAAAAACCUCUGCUGAAAGUCCUCAGACUUCUCUGCAUCCAGUCCAUCACAAAUUCUGGACUGAAGCAGAAGCUUCUGGAUUAUUACAAGAGAGAGAUUAUCCAAACCUACGGAUAUCAGCAUCUACCGACACUCCUAAAUCUGGAGAAGGCUGGUUUACUUCGAGCUCAGCAGUCCAACAGACAGUACGCCGUUCUUAGAAAAGCACUGAGGCUUACUGUGGAAGACGAGAGUGAAAUUGCACCGAAAGAUAUCAGUUAUGUCCAUUCAGUUUAUGCACCUCUCAGUGUCAGGCUGGCCGAGCAACUCGUGCAGCCCGGGGGGUGGCAGGGACUCAAUGACGUGCUUGGUCUACUGCCUGGACCCACCGUCAGCAGCGAUUCCAGGGGAACCAUUUCAGGAAUGAGACGAGGCUCUAUUACGAGUGAGGAUUCUACAUCGGAACCUCCGAGAUUAGUUUUAGUUUUCUUCAUUGGGGGCUGCACGUAUGCAGAAGUGUCGGCUCUGAGAUUCCUCUCCCAGCAAGAAGAUCUCAAUGUGGAGUUUGUCAUGGGUACCACAAAAUUGAUCAACGGUAACACGUUCCUUACCUCGUUGAUGGAAGACUUGGAGGCUGUCCGAAAAUAAGCCAACAUUUUCCUAAAUCUCUGCGAAUACCGAUUAUUGAAUAACUUCGUAUAAACUACCAAAGAUAAGGAUGUAAAUUGAAUAUGCAAUACUUUAUAUCAAUACUUCAGUCUUCCGAGGAAUUUAUUGCUCGAUACUGAUGGGAAAUACGUAUGCCAGCGCGCCACUCUGGUUACAAAAAUAAUUGACUGUUUAUUUGUGCCUGACGAAUCGUCUGAUGAAUCGAUGGAUGUAAUCACUGAUUAGUAGUGAUGGCCUCUGGGGGCAUAUGGCCGGAGUCUCCGAAGCAUCUCAGGGAGACGUUACCACUGGGAUGGAUGCUGAUCCACGUGAUGCUGGCGUGCUUGAGGGAGAGCCUCAGCCAGGCCUCAGGAGGAAAUUGCAGAGCCCUGAAAACAUAAAGCCAAGAAUUAAUGCGUUUUACAAAAUUAUUUUGAGUAAUUUGAAAUUCACCUGCACACGAAAUAACGGAUGACAUUGGCGUGGCACACGAGUAGAGUAUAAGAAUCCUUUGUUUGGUGUGGAGAUGCUCUGUGGAAGUGCUUUCUAAAUGCCGCCUCUAUCCGAGGCCCGUCCUGGAAGUACUAAAGGAAAGAAGGGAUGAAAAAUUAUCAAAAAAAAAUUAUACAGGUGCAUCAAGAAAGAAAUAAUUACAUUCAAUUCAAUUUAUUUGAAUUUAUCUCCUAGAAAAUCCAGUGUAAGAAUUGUUUAAGACCUUAUUCGACUCAUCAUGUAAUGAGAUAUGAUGCUAUCGUAUUUCCUCCUGCACUGCAAUUUUUUAUUUACAGUAAAUGGAAAAAUGAGAUUAAUUCUUCACUGUAGCAAAAAAACUUAUAUAAUGCUGUACAUAUGUGUAAAUGAUAUAAUAUAUAUUGUAUAUCAUACAUAAUA